AUGCCUCGUUUUACUGUCCACAUCCGAGAUGAGUGGCUGGCAGUGCCCUGCCGGGAUACCACCAACACCAUCCAGUGGCUCGGCCAAGAGUCUCUCAAACGUUACAUAAAGAACAAACCGGACAACGGCGGCAUCGUGGCUGUAAAGGACACUCGUUUUGUGGUGCGCAGGUGCCAGAGUUUGGGUUUGUUGGACGCGGAUGACACCAUCGAGGAUGUACUGGAGGAUAAUGACUUUGUCGAGCUUGCUAUUGAAGGAGACACCAUGUCUCCUGACUUCAUCCCAUGUGAGCCUGGAGUUUCUCAUCUUACAGCAGCAUACAGAGAACCAGGAGAAUAUAUCUCUCUGGACGGGAACAGCCUUACAUCGACAGAUCUGGUCAAUUUAGGAAGGGGACUCUACAAGAUAAAGCUGACUACAGAGGCGGAAAGGAAGGUUGUGCAAGCCAGAGAACUUCUGGACACCAUCGUCAAAGAAAACAAAGUUGUCUAUGGAAUCACAACAGGUUUUGGAAAAUUUGCCCGAACUGUCAUUCCUGUCAGCAAACUCAGGGAGCUGCAGGAGAACUUGGUGCGCUCACACUCAGCAGGUGUGGGAAACCCGCUGAGCCCAGAAAGAACCCGCAUGCUGCUCGCACUGAGGAUCAAUGUUCUGGCCAAAGGGCACAGCGGAAUUUCUCUGGAAACCCUUCAUGCCAUGAUCCAAGCCUUCAACGCCUCCUGCCUCUCCUUCGUCCCAGAGAAGGGAACAGUGGGUGCUAGUGGUGACCUGGCACCCCUUUCUCACCUGGCCCUGGGGCUGAUGGGAGAGGGUAAAAUGUGGUCUCCCAAGAGCGGUUGGGCAGAUGCCAAAUAUGUCCUGGAGGCACAUGGACUGAAGCCAAUAUCACUGAAGCCUAAAGAGGGUCUUGCUCUGAUUAACGGGACCCAGAUGAUCACCUCUAUGGGGGCGGAAGCUGUGGAGCGAGCCCUGGCGAUCGCUCAACAGGCAGACAUCAUUGCUGCUCUGACUCUGGAGGUGCUAAAAGGAACCACCAAGGCCUUUGACAGUGACAUCCACUCACUGCGCCCCCACCCAGGCCAGAUAGAGGUGGCCAAGCGCUUCCGCUCGUUGCUGGACUCUGAUCACCAUCCGUCCCAGAUAGCAGAGAGCCACCGCUUCUGUGACAGAGUCCAGGAUGCCUACACCAUGCGGUGUUGCCCUCAGGUUCAUGGAGUCACCAAUGAUACAAUAAAAUUUGUCCAGAACAUCAUCAAUACAGAAAUCAACAGCGCCACCGACAAUCCUAUGGUAUUUGCAGAAAGAGGUGAGACCAUUUCAGGUGGGAAUUUCCACGGUGAAUACCCAGCAAAGGCUCUGGACUUUUUAGCCAUUGCAGUCCAUGAGCUGGCCUCAAUCAGUGAGAGGAGGAUUGAAAGGUUGUGCAACCCGUCACUGAGUGAACUGCCUGCCUUCCUCGUCAAUGAGGGAGGACUCAACUCAGGAUUCAUGAUUGCUCAUUGCACUGCUGCUGCUUUGGUUUCAGAGAAUAAAGUUUUGUGUCAUCCAUCGUCUGUGGACUCCUUGUCCACCAGUGCUGCCACAGAAGACCAUGUGUCCAUGGGAGGCUGGGCUGCGAGGAAGGCCCUGAGGGUCAUAGAACACGUGGAACAAGUUCUUGCUAUAGAGCUGUUGGCGGCCUGUCAGGGUAUCGAGUUCCUCCGCCCCCUUCGCACCACCACUCCACUGGAGAAGGUCUAUGAACUUGUGCGCAGUGUUGUCAAACCAUGGAUCAAAGACAGAUUCAUGUCUCCAGACAUUGAAGCUGUUCACCGUCUUCUAAUUGACCAGAAGGUGUGGAAUGUGGCCAAACCAUAUAUUGACAAGUAUCAGUCAGAGUACAUCCCAGAGUCCCGUCCCGUCUCUCCUACUGCCUUCUCUCUGGACUCUCCAGCAUCACCAAGGAAGCGUGUUCGCCAUGAGUGAAAGGAUGUUGGAAUUAUUGUUCUUUUACAAUAACUAAAAUGACAAACAUCUUUUAUUGACACUUUUGUGGAUUCCAAUGAAAACCAACCUGAAUCUUUGACUGAAGAUGCAAUGUUGUUUUCACCACUGUAAACUAAAUUGAUAUUGUGAUUUCUAACAUCAACAUUUUUUAUCCUUGAGGAUAUUUUAAUUUAAGAACUGGGUUUGCUUUAUAUAUAUAUUUCUCUAGUAAUUAUCAGGUAUUAAAAGUACGCUACACCACUGUGCACUAGAGUUUUAUUUAUCUAAACUUUGUUGUCCCUUUAAAAUGUGCUUAAUUUAGUUUUUAUUGCUGCAUGACUACCUCAGCCAUUGUGUACCAUUUUCAUAACAAAUAUCUUUAAUGAUGUAGCACAAACAAUGCUAAGAUUAAAGAUUUUUAUUCAGGUGUAAUUAUUUGAAAGUUUAAAUGAUUGUCAUCUAUAAUGAAAUAAAUUCCCAACAAAAAUACAAAAAUGUUAAAGCUGCAUUCUGUAAAUGUGUAGAUGACUAUUGCUGUUUAUAUGUCUGUUCAUUUACAGCAUGUUUGUGGUUAACAAUGAUACACCAACUUAUUUCCAGUUUGUUAUUACACUGUAUUUGUCAGUGAUAUGACUGUUUCUGGCACUCCAAGUGGUAAAAACAAUGAUUACUGAUAAAAAGAUGUAUGGAUUACUUAUCUCCAGGUCGUAUGACAUAGUAGCAGUACACAAAGGAAUACAUUGCACAAAGAAUACUGCAAUGUGCCAAACAGAUGUACUAACAUAAAAAG